UUUGUGGUACAGUACGGUAGUUAGCUGUCGUCCAGAUCAACAAGCCAGUAUUUUGGAAGCAGUUUGAUAAAACACUCACAGUUGAUGUCAGUCGCUAUCUGCGUUUCCAGUCAGACGUAUCACGCGUGAGAUCAGCGAUAAACCAGCACAAAACUAACCAGCCACACAGCCCCGAAACCGAAAAGGUUGGAUGACAUCGUCGGUUGAACUUUUAAGACAGCUAGCUCGUUUUUUUCUAUUCAUUUCACUCCAGACGAGCCUGUGACAACUGAACAGCCAACUGACAGAGCAGCGAGCCACCUGAGUGUCAGAAGGAGAGCCAGUGGUCGGACACGUACAGCCACGGAGUCCCACAUCGGAUUGUUUUAUUAUCAGUGUUAUUAUCAGGGUUAUUGUUGAAAAUGGCGGCGAUCGGAAUGGUGCAGAUGUUGAUCGAAGCAGCCGAGUACCUUGAUCGCAGGGAACGAGAAGCUGAACACGGCUAUGCCUCCAUGCCACCCUUCAUCAGCAGCCGAGAGAGGGAGAGCUUGAAAAGGAAGAGCAAAAGCAAGAAAAACACAAGUAGCAGGUCUACGCACAAUGAAAUGGAAAAGAACAGACGGGCGCAUCUACGGCUGUGUUUAGAGCGCUUGAAAUCCCUCGUUCCUUUGGGACCAGAUGCUAACAGGCACACCACCCUCAGCCUGCUGAUGAAGGCCAAAGAUCACAUCAAGAGGUUGGAGGAGAGCGAUAGGAGAGCUCAGCACACCUUAGAGCAGCUACAGCGGGAACAGAGACACCUGAGGAGGCGUCUGGAGCAGCUGGGUGUGGAGAGGACCCGCAUGGACAGCACCGGCUCCACCGUGUCCUCGGACAAGUCCGACUCUGACCAAGAGGACCUGGACGUGGACGUGGAGGGGACGGACUACCUGCUGGGUGACCUGGAGUGGAGCACCAGCAGUGUGAGCGACUCAGGGGACGAGCGGGGCAGCCUGCGCAGCAGCUGUAGCGACGAGGGCUACUCCAGCGCCAGCCUGCUGCGCCUGCAGGACACUCAGGAGAUGGCCAAGAAGCUGGGCUGCAGCCUAUAAACAGCACUGGUCACUGACCCAGCUCCUGCCUCCUCCCCUCAUCCAAUCCCAUCCCAAGAUUGUGUCACCAUGCCCUGGUCCUGCUCAGACCUCUCCCCCACCACCCCUCUUUCCUCACCCUCCUCCCUACCAGGACUGACCAAGUCUGAGGCCCCUCCUCCUGCCGGGCCUCUGCGGACUUCCUGUUCCCACGUUGACUUCCAUUCAGACUGCAGCACCUCUGAGACACCCAUCCGCAUCCAGCCCAUCAUCAGCGGUCAGUCUUUAGGGGGUCGCCCGCUCUGCUCCGCACCAAUCAAUCGAGUGGGAUUUGAAAGACACUCCACCCCUACCUGCCCCUCCGUCCCGUCCGUCAGAAACACAACUUUCAGCCACAGAAUGUUACCACACAAUAUCCCACUGCCUCUUUUUCUAUGCCUCAAGAGCCAUGGGAAGCACUUAUGAGAUUUCACCCUUACUUCACAACACACACUCGCAUUCAUGCUCACACAUACACACACACCCCUCCAUUGCUCCUAGCUGUCCAGUGAGACAGAAUCAUCCCAAAGUGUGACACAGAUGUGGGGCUUGUCUUUCCUCCGCCCCGCUCACCAGUCAACCAUCUGUGCAUGGUAUUUUGCACUUAAAAUUGCUUUUGUAAACAAAACUGUGUCAUCUUUUUCAAACACUGUCUCUUAAAAACUUAAAGCCCCCCCCCCCCACUACAGCUGUUGCAGCAAUGUCACCAGAUGAUGUCAUCUAGUGAGUGUUUGAAAAACAUGUCAGUGGCCUGCCUGUGCUGUGCAGUUCAGCAGAGUUUGUGGACACUAAAUAGACUGUGUGUGGUGUUAAACUGUCGGGGGGCCGACAGCAAUACGUCCCUAAGUACCUAGGCUUUGGUGGGCAGGCUCUCAAACUACCCUGUAAUUUUAUGUCUACACUUGACAUUUAGAGGAAAAAGUAACAAAAACAAAACAAAAGAAAAAAAAACUCAUGCAGCAUGAGAUUGUGAAGGGGCCGGGGGAUAGGGGAGGGUUAUGGGUGGGGUUCGAUGUUUUCUGCCUCUCUCUGAUGACGGUGGCGUUUUUACAGCAUCCUUUUAGUAUCAUAUGUGUGUGUGUGUGUGUGUCACGUCAGGGGUCACUAGCAGGUUUGGAAACUUCUAACACCAGCCACCAGGCCGAAUGCUGGUAUAUUUUGGCAGGUGCUGGUUCAUUUUUGUACACUACUUCACUGCCCCGUUCACCAGGUUAUUAUCUGGAAGGGAAGAGCCUAUCUACUGAGAGCAGUCGAGAGACUGGAGCACAUUCCACUAUGUAGAGAGGACAGGCAGGUGAGACUGAGAGCAUGAUUAUUUUUUGUGAGUGGAUGUUCCUGCCAAUUAUUUAUGAAGGGAGAGCUCAGCUGGAGACGAGUCAAGUCACCCUGAAACAGAACGACUGGCUUUGACUUUUCAGUGAGAACACACCGAAUCUUUCUGUGUGUUCACACCUGAGAGGCACCAAAGUGUUAAAACCACAGAUUUUCUCUCCUUUGCCUUGCCUUCAUAGCUAUUUAUUGUUUCUGCAAAGAUGUACUCCUUUUAAUGUAAAUAGUCUACAGAAAGAUCUCUAUGUCUAUCAAAAAUGUAUUUAUUAGAUAUACUAAAUAUAUAGAUGAAUAUAAAAAUAUAUUUAAUUAGUCAUAGCCUUUGUUCUUCUUGUGAGGUUUAUUGAGAGUUUACUAUGUGUAGUUUGUUUGCACAGCCUAGUCAAUCCAUAGAAUAUUUAGAAAUGUCUCUUGUGCCUCGAGGCUUUGUGUCUGUUCAGAAUUCGGCACGGUGCUCCUAGAAAAUGAAUUGUUUACUUUGUGGUUGAUGAUAAUUUUUAGCUGUUUUCAAAGCCAUCUUGCGCCUUUUUAAGAGGGGCGAAUAAUAGGACAAAAAAAAAAAAAACAGAAUAAAUUAUAAAAACCGUGAAUUAAAAAGUAUAAAAGUGAGAGAAGCUGGUGGCCAGGUUGAGGGUUGGUGGUUUCUCUGGCUCUGUUUCGCAUCUCCACGCCCAGGACCCUCAAACAAAAUGGCUUCCACCGUCCAGCGAGAUUAUAGCUGAUUGUUUGGUGGGGAAACCACGUCAGGGAGAGAGGAUUGCAGCUUAUUUUGAAUGUAGAUGUCCUCCAUCCUGCAGCAUAGCAGCACAGUGCCAAAGGAACCUCCCGCUCCUGUGUCCGCCACUUGCGAAUCUCUUCAGCAUGAAGAUGGUACACCAAAAAAUU